UUGCAAAUUGCCGUCCGCUUCAAAUCCAGAGCUCUCUGUCUUCCCUUUCAUACUCUCUCGCCUCUUUUCGCUCUGCUUCUCCCUUCCCUCCCCUUCCAUCACUGACGCCGCCGCCAUGUACGAAUUCCCCGCCGCCUCCGGCGAGGAUGCCAGGAAGCCGACGGCUGUCAGGGCGAUGGAGGCUCUCGGCUGCGGCUUCGAUUUCGCCAGUGAUUUCCGCUUGAAGUUCGUCAAGAAGUCUCCCGCCGGAAGCAGAUUGGUAAUUCUCGACGAGAGGAACCGCCGUGACCUUGUCUUGCCGGGCGGUGGUGUCACCAUUCCUGAUGUUUCCGAAAAUAUCCGCUGUGAUAAGGGGGACCACAUUCGCUUCAAAUCUGACGUUCUCGAAUUUAAUCAGAUGUCAGAAGUGCUUAAUCAGAAAUCAUCAGUACAGGGAAAAGUUCCAUCUGGAUAUCUUAAUGCGAUAUUUGAUUUAAGCGGAUCAUGGCUGAAUGAUGCUUCUGAUGCCAAAUAUCUUGCCUUUGAUGGUUAUUUUGUGUCAUUAUAUUAUUUGCACCUGACUGCAUCUCCACUACUUCUUCAAGACCAAGUGAAAAAGGAUGUUCCACCACAUUGGGAUCCAGCAUCUUUAUCCAGAUUUAUCCAGACUUAUGGGACACACAUUAUUGUGGGGAUGGGCAUUGGAGGCCAGGAUUUACUGUGUGUUAAACAAAGACCAUCUUCAACUAUUCCCCCUGCUGAACUCAAAGGACAUUUGGAUGAUCUUGGUGACUGCCUAUUUUCUGAUGGAACAAGUCCUCUACCAGAGAGGAACAGAAGAGAUAGUAAAAAAAAGGUACCUGAGGUAUUUAGCCGCAUGUUGCAGUCACAUACAAUGCAGUUCACUAGCAUCACUGAAACAUCAACCAAAGAUGGUCUCACAAUUAUAUGGUCGAAAAGAGGAGGAGAUGUGUUUGCUCAAAGCCACUUGAAAUGGCUCCAAACCUUGACUGGUAACUCAGAAGGAAUUCUCUUCAAGCUUGUGCCGAUUACUUCUCUGCUUGCUGGGAUUCCAGGGAGUGGCUACCUCAGUCAUGCAAUAAACUUGUAUCUUCGGUACAAGCCUGCCCUGGAGGAUUUACAGUACUUUCUCGAGUUCCAAGUUCCUAGACAGUGGGCACCAUUGUUUUGUGAGCUGCCACUGAGGCAUCAAAGAAGAAAGGCCUCCUGCCCUUCAUUGCAAUUCAGUCUCUUUGGUCCAAAGAUUGAAGUGAGCCCUACCCAGGUUUCAAGUGCUCAAAAACCAGUUAUUGGCAUGCGCCUAUAUUUGGAAGGGAAGAAGUGCAACCGACUAGCAAUACAUGUGCAGCAUCUUUCAAGUCUACCUAAUAUUAUGACAUCUAACUCAGCUAACCUGAGCACAACACUGCCAUGCCAAUGGCGAGGGUCUGAUGACUAUGAAUCCAGUGACCAAUUCUUAGAGCCAGUCAGAUGGAAGGGUUACGCAAAUGUGUGCUCGUCAGUAGUUAAGCAUGAUCCAAGCUGGAUACAGGGUGACUCCGGUGGUGUCUUUGUGGUGACUGGCGCACAGCUUAUCAGCAAGGGAAAGUGGCCUAAGAGGCUUCUUCAUCUUCGUCUGCUUUACACCCACCUACCAAACUGCAGCAUUCGCAAGACAGAGUGGGCAGCUGCACCUGAGGCUUGUCACAAGACAAAUUUCCUAAUGAAUCUGAGCACAACAUUCACAUUCACCCAGCGAACAGCGACAGAUGUUCCUAAGCAGCAGCUUCCCACUACUCUUAAUUCAGGUGUGUAUCCCGAUGGCCCCCCUGUGCCUGUUCAUUCAACAAAGAUGCUUAAAUAUGUUGAUACAGCUGAGGUCACACGCGGGCCAUAUGAUGCUCCCGGGCAUUGGUUGGUAACUGCUGCGAAGUUGGUUAUCGAGGGUGGAAAAAUUGGUUUGCAUGUAAAGUUUGCGUUAUUAGAUUAUACUCAUGGAUGAUAGGAUUUUACAUGUACAUUGAACAGAUAGUCUAGCCUAUUUCUUUGUUCCUCCCCCCAUGCUGUUUUUUUUUUUUUUUUUUUUUUUUAAUGAGCUUUUAAGUGAUCUGUGUUCAUGGCGGAACACACCUCAUAGUGGCUCACACCAAAAGAGGAAAUCGAGUCAUAGCUUUGUACAGAAGUGACUGAAAGUCUGAAACUGGUGGCCGAAUUUUGUUUGAAGUUCAUAUUAGAUAUAUAAAUAUUUAUGUGCUGUGUUGUGACAGUAUCUUAUUGGUUGA